AGAAGCAUUAUCUACUCUGAUGAAAAAUGGUCUUAACCGAGAUGAAUUUAACUCUUACAUCAAUGUUGAUUCUUUUGUGCGUUGUCAAAUUUAGUCCCGGCGGAAAAGGAAUGUUUAUAUCCGAGACAGACUUCAAGACGGAGAAUGAAGAGCGAGCACCGAGGAAGACUAGGGCAGAGCCUGAAUCCGAACCUGAAAGCGAACCUGAAGCGGAAGGAGAAUCCAAAGCAGAAGGAGAACCCAGUAGUGAAAAUCACUCAUACACGGAGCCUACCUCAGAAUAUCCAGAAGGAGAAACUGAACCGUCGCCAACGCCGGAAAAUUGGCCAGAACCAGGCCCCCGUUGGGAACAAGCAUACGAGACGUGGAGAUGGGCCUGGGAGCUACAUGUUUACCUUUACGCGACGAUAUACCUUUUGAUUGGCUUGUACGCCGGAUAUUACGUCAUAGCUAACGUUUAUGACGGUCUGCAAGGAAAAUACCUGAGCGUGAGCCUCAAUAUCAUGGUGUCGAUGUUUGGGUUCACAAGGGCCCUUGUCAUGUUUUUGGACCCAUAUCAUCAAGGGGGUAUAAUUCACAACACUGCGGUGAUGCGCGUGAUUUGGUCCCUCGCAGGCCCUUGUCUCACGGCCUCCGACAGUUUGAUGAUUCUUGCCCUGAUAGAGACGGCAAAAAUCUCCGUUGCACCUCCUAAGCUUCAGAAAGCAAGCACAAACAUUAUUAUCAUAAGCUUUCAUUUUGCACUUGUAAUAACUACAGACUGUGUAGUUGCCGACUAUGUGGAAGCGAAAGUUAUGUUGUUAUUUUGUCAGUUGUUUUUUGUUACGUGGGGUUUUGUGCUUGGAACUAUAAACUUUAUCCUUGGAUACAAACUGGAUAAACAACUUUUCAGUCACAAAAAACCAAAAGAAACAGCGGACAAAAUAUACAUUUAUCUUAUUUACGCCUCCGGCCUAGCAAACUACUUUUUAUGCGCAAUCAUUGUUUAUUCAGCGUGCGGAGUAUUUGGUGUUUAUUCGGAUGUUCAAUUUGUAGAUGCAUGGCCUUGGUGGGCCUUGCAAACGAUGUCUCGCUUCAGCGAGAUCCUCGCGUGUGUCUUGAUAUUCACAGUUAGUGCUAAAAGGACCCGAGUGAAAAAGGCAGUCGCUCAGUUAACGGAUGAAAAAAGCUUAGACACAAUCAUCCCGGGAGGAAUCGGUUCUACGCAAUCUUUAUCGUGGUCUUCAAGAUUCAGAAAUUGCUUCAAGCGUAAAAAAGUCGCCGCUGACAGAAACAGUGGGAGUGCAAUAAGCCUAUUCACAGCUCUCCGUGAAAUGGCUCUGGCUGCGACCGGUGAGAACUGGUACGGGACAAAUCUGGAUCCCCCAAUAAAAGAUAAUGGGGAAUGUUGGGUAGAAACAAAAACGACUUCGUCUGUAAUUCAUCUGCCUGGGAAAACGAAAAUACAUCCACAUGUAAACACAACUGACGACUUAGGGAGCGAUGGCGAGGAAGUGGAAAAGGAGUACUUAGAACUUGAGUUAAGACGCGUACAAUCAAGAAGAGCGAGCAUGUUUACAGCUCUUCACGACGCUAAAAAGACGCGUAACACGGCCUUUCCACCCGGAAAAAUGACUCGGCUAAAGCCAUUAUUCCAAACUGAUAAUUCUGGAGAAACUAGCAUCAAGGAGAUUGACUCGAAGAGACAAAACUCUGGAAAUACUUGGGGUAAAUGGCCGGAAACAACACUUCCAAAUAUGGCAAACACGGAAGAAAAUUACUGAACAAUAAACGAUUCUUCUCGGAGGGCAAAGGUCACAUGAUGAUCGAGAAAAUCAAAUCUCUUUUUCCAUACGCACCAUUAAGUAACAGGAAGGCUGGCAAGGUUUUUCUGCACUGAUCGAUUUUUUGUCAUACGUAAAUAACAUUACAACUAUGAGAAUUUUCUAAGCUAGGGCUUCAGAUGCGUAUCGUGUUGUCUACAUGAAUACUAUGCACAAAGUUUUGAUAUUACACUUAUCAGGGUUAAAAUGGAAUUCUAGCAAGUCGUUUUAAAGGGUAAUUAUGCCCCAGUAACCAUAUGAUUACAAAUCAUACUACAAUAAUAUACUACUCGCAACCUUUCGAGAUUUCGAUGAUUUACUUAACCUUUCGAAGAUUGUUCUCAGGUGCCCUAAAGAUUCAAACGAAUUGAACGCAAUUCAGUAGGCUUGCAGCACACCCAUGGCGGUAGUGUGCCUAGAAAAAUUAUGUUUUAACUAAAAUGUGACCCUAUGUAUGGUUCCUGAUUGUUUGAAUAGAUCACCUUACCAAGGGAUAGAAAAAGAGUAUUGAGACUCAAAUCAGGUCGUAGGUAGGCGACCAAGUUGCUAAGCAAGAUUCAAAAUGGCGGCCUCUGAAGCAAAUUUCAGCGCAUUUCAAAAGAUUUUACGCUAAUUGAAAUCAGGAGGUGGAAAUUUGAAUGAUUUCCCAAAAACAUUUUUGAUGAUGUAAAUACAAAUGAUAUGGUCUCCUGAGCAUACUUAUCUCUUCGCCCAACAUCUGCAUCUUUAAUUGAAGGCAGUGCUUUGCGAUGGGUUAUUUGUACCACAUGCAACCAAAUAAAUCCGGUUUUAUUGCCAUA